AUGUCCUCCUCGAUUCAAACCGUGGGUGUGAUCGGCGCAGGCGUCAUCGGAGCCAGCUGGACAGCACUCUUCCUGGCCAAGGGCCUCAAAGUGAUUGUAACAGACCCAGCGCCAGGAGCCGAGGCAAAACUGCGCGACUACUUGCAGGAGUAUUGCUCCGAGGUACCGAAUGCUACGGUUGCUCCUGCCGCUUGUCUGAAGAACUACACAUUCGUCGAGGACAUCGAGCCUUACCUCGGAAGCCUAGACUUGAUUCAAGAAAAUGGACCGGAGAGAUUGGACUUUAAACGCCGUCUGUUUGCACAGUUGGACGCAAAGACACCUCCUCAUAUCCUCAUCGCAUCUUCGUCCUCCGGCCUUCCUUCGUCAGAAUUUGUCACUGAAUGCUCUCACAACCCAUCUCGAAUCCUCAUCGGCCACCCCUUCAACCCUCCUCACUUGGUGCCUCUCGUCGAAGUUGUCCCUCAUCCAGGAACAAGUCAAGACUAUGUGACGGGUGCAUACAAUUUCUACAAAAGCCUCGACAGAGAGCCGGUGGUCGUGAAUCAGGAAACACCUGGUUUCAUCGCCAAUCGGCUACAAGCAGCCAUAUGCGCAGAAGCGUACAGUCUCGUAUCACGAGGAAUUGUCUCCGCCGAAGAUCUUGACAAAACCGUCACGUCCGGCCUCGGCCUGCGCUGGGCACUGACAGGGCCGAUAAUGACAAAUACUCUUGGGGGAGGGGGAGACUUUACCCAUUUCAUGGAUCAUCUGGGCCCGGCGUUGAAAUCGUGGCUCGACGAUAUGGCGGUGAACAAAUUUGACUUGGGAUCCGAGGAUCAAGUGAACGGCUUAAAGAAGAAUGUCAAUGGGUGGAUCUCGCAAGUCGACCUGAAGAAGGUUGAAGGAAAUCGUGAUUUGCUAUUGGCUAAUCUGGUCAAGGGCAAGCUAGACCAAACAGCGAAUCAAUAG